AUGAGUGAAGCUGAGCAAUGCUUGAUCCCACAGCAGAUUAUCGGCGGUGGCAGCACCCCCGCGGUCGUCGUUUUCAUUUCAACUGUUGCGUUGGCCUUGUACCUAUUGCAGGAGAAAACCCAGUUCGUUUACCAUCUAUUCUUGUGGAUCGAGUAUCUUACCUCGAGUAUCCCAGCUCUUGAGAUCGAAAUGACUCCCGCAGAGGCCUCCGAUGAUGGGGUAAAGGGAGAGCCCUGUAAAGUGAUGGAUCUCGUAGAUGAAUCCAAUCCUGGAGUGAUCAACUGCUACGAUCCGUCGACCAGACAGCUUUUGGGCCAAGUCAAGAAUAUGACGGCCGAGGAAGUUCACGAGAUUUUGGUCAAGGCCAAGAAGGCUCAAACGGAAUGGUCGAAGACUACAUUCGCUCAGAGAAGAAUGGUGCUUCGCACAAUUCAGAAAUAUGUCUGCGAGCACGUGGAGGACAUUUGUCGAGUUUCCUCCCGGGAAUCUGGAAAGCCUAUGGUGGAUGCUGUGUUGGGAGAAGUUACGACUACUUGUGAAAAGAUUCGUACAAUCUGUGAGUGGGGUGAACUGUGGCUCCGUCCCGACUACCGCCCUACUGGGCUGAUGCUGAUGCACAAGAGUGCCUGGCUCGAAUACGUUCCCUUGGGUGUGAUUGUGGCGAUAGCGCCAUGGAACUACCCAUUCCACAAUUCAAUAAAUCAUGUCAUUUCCGGGCUAAUGGCUGGAAAUGCGGUUGUUGGAAAAGUAUCGGAGCACGCUUCCUGGAGUUCUACAUACUAUGGGAAUAUCAUUAAAAAGGCUUUAGAGGUAAAUGGUCACAACCCUGACAUUGUUGCAACCGUCACAGGUAUGGCUGCUGCCGGUCAAGCUCUGUGCAGUGACCCGCUUGUUGACAAGAUCAUCUUCACUGGCUCGACACCCAUUGGCCGCAAAGUCAUGGAAUCUGCUUCCAAGAACUUAACUCCUGUCAUUCUUGAGCUUGGCGGUAAAGAUGCUAUGGUCAUCCGCCAAGAUUGCAAGUUGGAAGAGGUUGUUCCGUGGGUAAUGCGAGGUUGCUAUCAGAACUCAGGACAAAACUGUGUUGGUGUUGAGCGAGUAUUGGUCUAUGAAUCGCUACAUGACAAAUUUGUCGAAUGUGUUGUUCCCAAAGUUAAGGCAAUUCGUCAAGGCAUUCCACUAAAGGUGUGUGGUUCUGAUGGCAAAGUUGAUUGCGGAAGUCUUAUCAUGCCUAGCCAAAUGGAUAUCGUGCAAGCGUUGGUAGAUGAUGCUGUCAAGAAGGGUGCCACUCUACACUGUGGAGGAAUGAAGAAAGCUGACAUGGACGGCCAAUUCUUUAUGCCGACGGUGUUGAGUGGGGUCACGGCAGAGAUGAAGAUCUUCCAUGAAGAAGUAUUUGGUCCUAUAAUGACUAUAAUUAAGGUUCCAAAUGACAGCGACGAAGAAUGUGUUCGUAUGGUAAACAAUUGUGCGUUUGGUUUGGGUUCCAGUAUCUUCACAGCCGAUGCAGCCAAGGGACUUGCCAUUGGACGUCAAUUCCGAACUGGCAUGUUGACAGUCAACGAUUAUGCUUCGAACUAUUUGGUACAGUCCCUUCCUUUCGGAGGUUGCAAGGAAUCUGGAUUUGGACGAUUUGCUGGAAUCGAAGGACUCCGCGCACUAUGUUUGGAACGCUCCAUUUGUGUCGACAGAAUUCCCGGGAUCAAGACAUCGAUUCCUUCUUGUAUUGAUUUCCCAAUUGAUGGAGAAAAGGGAUACCCAUUUACUGAAGCUCUCAUCCAGUUGUUCUACAAUGAGAGUCUCGUCUCGAAGAUCAAGGGAAUCAUUGGAUUGAUAAAGAAUGGAUAG